UGCACUUCGGGACCAUAGUUCGGGACGUGAAAGUUACUGUAACGCGAGCGCUUACUUACCGACACAAUGCCAAAGGCUAAGAAAUCCUCCAAACGAAAGAAAUUUGAUUACACGAAAGACAGAAAGAAGCUUAGAAAGAAGUUACGGAGGAAGUUAGCUCCAACUAUUGAAUGUGCUCAGAUCAGAAACGCGUGGGAUGACCGGAAAACGGUUCAGCAGAACCUGAAAGAGAUGGGACUGCAGCAUGACACCAAGACGGUGCUGCCCAUUCGCCAGCCUAAGCUCACAAGCAGCGAAGCCAUGGAUGUGGAGACAGAUGAUGUCUUGAUAAGGAAGCCAUAUGUGAUCAAAGCAAUGGAAGCCCAAGCAAGCAUCCCCAGCCAGAGCUCCAAGACGCUGUCCAGAGAUCUGAUGGAGUACGCCCAGCACAUGCUGCGUGAGCACGGGGAGAACUACAAGGCCAUGGCACGAGAUGAGAAGAACUACUACCAAGACACGCCCAAACAGAUCAGGAGGAAGAUCGAGGACUACAAGCGCUGCCACGCAGAAGAUUACGCCACCUUCAUGCAGUCGCUGAAGGCUUGAGAGACUGACUGCGGUAGGGAAGGGGUGCAGUGGACUUCACCCAUCUCAGAGGGAGGUGUGUUGUGUCGCUCACAAAACGACAACGGGGCGGAGUUCAACCCCAUCAAUGCGUCUCUCUGUCCUCUGACCUUCUGCUGUGGAGUAGACCGGAGAGGUGAAAGGUCAUGGAUGAGUGACGGACUGUUUUCGAAGUUAGUGUAAAGACAAGAAAGAGGGGAUGACGCCAUACUGAACGGUCCUGUUAAUAUUACUUUCAUUAGGGUCAUAAUGGAUGUCAGAUGGCAGGGGUUAUGUUUUUAUUUUGUACUUUAAAUGUCAUGGUUGCCAUGAAGUUUGGACCUCCUGUAAUGUGUUAUUCAGCUGUAUAUCUCUCCCUGUAUAGACCACACUCUAAAAGCAUUGAUUUCCAGGCAGAGGAAAGAGAGUUAGUAUAUUGCAUUCAUGUCAAUCCAAUGUUGUGAUUUAAAUGAAGAAAAGACUGUGUGUAAUCCUCAAAAGAGAUACAUAUAUGCUGCGGAAAUGAUGCACUGGGAUUAUGAACGCAUGUCUCUUUGUGUCUUUAACGUAGUGGGAUUGAGAAAACCACUCUUGAACGACGUAGUGAGAUUACACAUUUCCACAUGGGUUUGUUAUUUUAGAAUAUAUCAGAGCUGGAUUAUUGGGGACAAGCUUGUGUAAGUUAAUUAAUAUGUGGUAACUGUGCUGUUUUUAAUACAGAAGUGUACCACAUGCA